GAUAAGGAUAGAUUAAAACUUUUGUCUUCAGUAACUUACAGUUAUGUUCUGUAUUCUAAGUUAUAUGUGCAUGUUAUUUCAAUUGCAGCAUGUGUUAUUUUUUAUGUGGUUAUUGUUCUGAUCUAAUCUAUUCAAUGAGAAAAGGAAACAGUGUUGUUGAUUGCAUGGAGAAUUAAAGAAAAGAGAAAUUCCAUGGGAUAAUUGUAUUAGUUUUGGUGCUGAUAAUGCUUCUGUAAUGAGUGGAAUACAUAAAGGAGUGGCUGCCUUUGUUGCUAAAGAAUCUGAAGGAAUUCACUUCAUGGGUUGUCCUUGUCAUCUUCUUCACCUAGCAGCAGAGAAGGGGGCAAGUUCAUUACCUGUAUCGGUGGAAGAUAUUCUCAUAUCCAUCUACUACUAUUUAGACAAAAGUUUUAAGAGGCAAAAAGAAUUGAAAGAAUUUCAGACCUUACAUAAUGUGGAAAUCUGAAAGAUAUUAAAACAUGUAUCAACUAGCGUGGUUGUCCAUGGGAAUGUGUUUGCAAAGAGUUUUGUGUCAGUGGCAACCUUUAUGUGACUUUUUCAAAUCAGAACAGAAAAAGAGUGAAAAGAAAAGUAAAUCAAAAUCACUUACCUCAUCUACUGCUGGUCUAUCUUCAUUGUCCACUAGUCAAUCUUCCUCACUUACAAGUUCAUCUGAUGUUGGUUCAUCUUCAUCUUCCACUGGUCAAUCUUCAAGCACACAGUCUGAAAUAUUACAACAAAAAGGGAGUAAAAGUUGUGUCUCUGUCAGUGUUGAUUUUUUAUUCCCCACAAAAGUCCAAGCAGACAAGCCAAAACCUAAAAGUAAGCCAACACAAAAGUCUUGUGUUCAACCCUCAAAGGCAACAGUCACUGGUAGUAGUAAAAAAUCUAGUGGAGCUGAAAAAAAAGGUGGACAAAAUUAUUGAAUUUUUGAAAAGUCGAACCACCCAUUUAUAUUGUAUAUUUGGGAAUAGUGUUAUACCAAUUUUCGAGAUUGCCAACAAGCUAUUGCAGAGUGAAAAACCUUGUAUACAUAUUCUCUUACCUACCUUAGAAAAACUGUUUAAAGACCUACUUACCCGAUUUGUAAAACCAUCUGUUGUAAAUAAAUCAUCCUCCCUACUGGAAAUUAAUUUUGAAGAUGUAAUAAACCAAAAAGAUGAUGGAGACCUGUAUAUUGGUGCAGACUCCAGGAAAUUUAUUGAAGAUAACCCAGGGAUGGAUCUGAAACCGUUUUAUUCUGCAAUUAGACAUUAUUUCACUACUGUGUGUAAUCACAUGAAAAAGAAAUUUCCGUUACAGGACAAAGUGUUAUUAAAUGCAGUUGUGACUGAUAUAUCCAAAAGAGACUCUGUUAAAUUCUCAUCACUUAAAUUUUUUGUAAAUAAAUCUGUAUGCUUAACAAAACUGGUUGAUGGGAAAAUGAAUGAAUUAGUGGGUCAAUUUUUAGCUUAUCAAGUAGAUGACCUUGGUGAUUCUAUAAUGAAAGAGGACCGAAUUGAUAAAGCCUGGCACACAAUUGGCCAAAUGAAAGACCCAGACACAGGCAAUUUUAAAUAUCCCUUGCUGUUAAAAGUUGUCAUGUUGAUACUGGUGAUCUUUCAUUCAAAUGCUGAUUGUGAGAGGGCUUUCAGCAUGGUUACCAAAGUAAAAACAAAGUUUAGACCGAAUAUGUCUACAGAAGCCCUAAAUGCAGUUAUAACCCACAAAAUUGCCAUGCAAAAUGAUAAGUCUCCUGCUGAAGCCUUCUUCACAAACACUAAAAGAGGCUAAGAAAGCUACAUAUGAAUCACUUCAUAAAAUUUAGAAAUUAAUAACAAUGUAAAUAUUGCAAAUGUGCUAUAAAGAAAUAAAACUUAAAUAAAACUUACAAGUUUGUUGUAAAUAUCACCAGAAUGCAGGAAAUGAUUCCUUUGCGACGCUUCAUUUUCCGCACCUACGGUGCUCAAGUGUACU